AUGAUGCCUACUGCUCUGCCGCCCAUGAUGGCCACGCCGCGACUCGACGAUACCGCCGCCGCCGCCGUCUCGACCGCCCUUCAGGUCCCCAGUCCUCCGCAUGCCGCUAGUUCACCCGCCUCCACUUCUUUUCCCUUGCCGACUGCGUCCACGUCCACAUUACCAGUGACGCCUCCUGCGUCUUCGUCGGCGCCUUCGGCCACCACCUCCGCACUGAGUAUCGCGUCGAUUGUGUCGAAUCAUUCAGCGCCCGCGUGGUCGCCUCAGAGUCAUGCAGCACCGUCCGUCGUGCCUCCGCCCGACACGCCGUCGGGAACGAUAAUCAUCGUCUAUGGCGCGGGGAUGGAAAGCAUUGUGCACAUGGUCGCAGAGAUUGCAGGGAAACCCUGGACUACAGAAACCCCCCUGAGGACUCUGUCAAGAGCCUCCGAUGUGGUGGUUGCAGGCGUGCUGCCGCAGGAUCUCCCCCAUGGCCUGGACGGAUGCGACAGGUCCUCCUUUGUGCUCAUCAACACUCAUUGUGUGGAGGACGGGUCUGCCCCGGAGGAUGCCUUGACAGAAUUGUGUGAUUACGAAUUCUUGUACUCGCGGACCCCGUUCCUGCGUCGCGAUCUGACACGCUUCCUCUCAUUGAUCUUGGGCCAGACGAAACCCCACGAGGAUCUGCGGACCAAGACCCGGACCAAUUUCAUUUCCACCACUUUCCCAGAUGUGCACGCUGCCCUGCCCAAUCUCGACAUCCUUUCGGUGGGAUCGGAUGCGGUGGAGAUUCGUGUGGAUUUGCUGGUCGAGCCCACAGCGGAUGCCGCCGCCGCCGCCGCUGCUGCUGCUGCGGGCGGCUCGGUGCCGAGCUUAAAGUACGUGGGUCAGCAGUUGAUGUUGUUACGACAGCACACCGAGCUUCCGAUCAUCUUCACGGUCCGCUGUACGAAAGAAAAUGGCAAAUUUCCCAUGGACGAUCCCAUGCUGUCCUACAAAUAUCUACGACGUGCUAUACAAUGGGGGGUGGAAUAUAUUGACGUGGAGCUGUGGCUUCCCGAGGAGAUCCGUCGGCGGUUGGCCGAGGUCAAGGGUCACAGUAUCAUCAUGUCCGCCUUUCACGACUUCUCAGGGACAUGGAAGUGGACGGCUCCUGAAGCUCGGCGUGUCUUUGAAGAAAGCGCCAAGUACGGCGACAUUGUGAAGAUGAUUGCCAUGGUCUCCACCAUCGAGGAGAAUUAUGAGCUGGAGUACUUCCGCUCCACCAUCAAGGCCCGUGGCCCCGGUCCCUUGCUCUCUGCUGUCAACAUGGGUCAAAUGGGCCAGCUGUCUCGUGCGCUCAACACCGUCUUUUCUCCCAUCACCCAUCCUCUACUGCCCAUGAUCGCCGCACCGGGUCAGCUGACGGCGGCCGAGAUCAACGAGGCGCUGCACAUCAUGGGCCAACUCCCCAAGCGCGACCUCUACUUUGUCGGCUCGUUCCGUGCCACCCCACAGACGAUGUUCAUGGAAAAAUGCUUGAAUGAGCUGGGCCUCCCGCACACGUUUACACCGAUCGACCGCGGUCCCAAGGGCUCUUCUAUGGAGGCGAUGCUUCAUCAGCCCCAGUUUGGCGGUGCCUGUCUGAACCCUCCCAUUCCAAGCUCCAGUACCUCUCUGCCUGCAAUCAGCGAUGCUGCGCGGGCCAUUGGAUUAGUCGACACAAUUGCGCUCGCCAUGCCCACCGCCAACGGCAGCGCACGCUUCAUCGGUGAGAAUGCCGCCUGGAAGGGCAUUCGCGCAACACUCACCCGCGAGUAUGUGCCCUCUGCAUAUCGCGGCCGCGCAGCCAUUAUUCUUGCUGGGUCUGAAACCGACGCAUCUGCUGCCAUCUUUGCGCUGCGUAGUCUCGGCGUGGGAUCUAUAUACACUGUGGGAUUCAAAGCUAGCGGGCCUCUAGCGGGGGGAUUGGAACCAUUCACUUCAGUGCAGUCCGUCAAACUGGUCGAGCAGCCGUUUGUCAUUGUUUCGGCUCUGCCACCAGAGAAAUCUCUGCUGGUGCAGCCGUUGUUGCGUCACUACCGCUGCAAUGGCCGGUCGUCGCCGCCGUCUACGCGGGGGAAAGUUUAUCUUGAUUUAACCUGUGGACCUAGGAAAGGUGACCCGCUGGCGGUGGCGUCGAGCGCUGGCUGGACGGCGUAUGGUAGUGAGGACGUGAGUGCGUGGACGACGGUGGAAACGUUGCGCUUGCUUGUGGGUCAGAAUGUGCCGUUUGACUUUGUUCGCAUGGCAUCUGGGCGACCUUUGUUUUGA